ACCACGCCCGGCGUACUCACGUACACUUCCAGGAAGUGGAUCUGAUCAACGAAAUGAAGUUGCCCAACACUUCUUUCCCUAACGACGACAGUACGAGUUAGUUCACCAUGCUCAAAGGUCCAGUGAUUUCAAUCGGGAACAAAGUCGUACUGUACAUGUGAAUUGUUCGGCAGCAUGCCGCUUUACAGACUAACAUGGUGUUUAUUACUUUGCUGUUUCGUCUUCGCCACAUCAGGCUUCCAGACGCUGAGACUGACGCCAGACCGAGGCACCGUUGUCAACAUCAGCAAUACGGCCAAAGGGUCAUUAUGCAAAGUGUGCUCCGGGGCGGGGCGCAAGUGUGACAACUCACUAUUGUUAAAAAGCGGCACCUCUGUAUCAGUGGAGUUCAAUUGCCCCCAACCUGAACGUGUAUUCAUGGUGGAGAUCACACGAAACAUAGAAUGCACCACUAAGUCAUGCAAUGAUGACAUCAGUCAUGGUGGUUCGAACUUGGAUCCAUGGUUGGAGUUUCACCGCAGGUUCACCUGGAACCUAAGAUCUUCAGGACCAAAGUCGGUCCAAAUAGACUUCACCAAGAUGAGCUUGAGACAGAUUCCUCCAUCUGAAAACUGUCCAGAUAAGCAUACCUACACCUUCAAGGUCUUUCAGGCAACAGGGACUGUGGCCAUUGGCACAUAUUGUAAGACAGGCCCAAUAAGCAGCGCACAGAUUCUAAGACAGGGCAGCUUCUCUCUGGAUGUCCCACCAGAACUAGAGGUCCGAAGAGACCAAUUUGCCGUGUCUGUAGGAGAGGAAAUCAAAUCUCUCGCCAAAAUCACAGUAUCUUUGCCACAAUCAACAUCUUCCUUGGCGUUGUUGUCUCCUAACUUCCCUGAGAGUUUUCCCGACGAUGACGUAAUGGAAUGGUACUUCGAGAUCUCGAAUAAACAACGGGCAGCAAUUGAAUUCCUUGACCUCACAGAGCCACGGUGUUUGAAGAAGGAAACUGCGGCCGAGUAUCACAGCAAAGGCAGGCGGGCGCUGGUAAUGGCCUUGGCGGACACCCAGCCAGUCCAGAAUCAAGGAGACUUUUCUCUGAUUCUGAGGAACUGUGAAAUGGACAGAAGACGAGCUGGUUCUCCUGGACUGUCCCUGAAACUUAAGGUGUCAACUUCAAGGGUGAACGCACCAGUGUUGUGUAACGUGGACUUGAGGAAAAUCAAGGGAUUUUCUCUUCAUGUGGAGAGGGUGAAGUCAGCUUCUGAAUGCGAGAUGAAGAUGAAUUCUGUGACAGUGGAGAAGAUCACGGUCCCAUCCGGAACAGUUUCUCAGCUGUCUUUCCAGGACUGUCUUCCUCUGCACAUCAACGCCACAACUAGUGGAGUCAUUGGUUGCAAUCAACUUAAAGACUGCCCAAAGUACCCAGUGCCUCUCGUGGUGCCUUCCCUGCCAAGCUGCUUUCCGUUUCCUCUGAGUGCCGUGACAUGGACGCUCCGUCCCCCUCCACAUGGCACCGUGGAGUUGAGCUCUUCAGUCGGACCUCUUAAGCAGUCCCUGCCGGGUCAACCGUGCAACGACAGCAUCAUUGCCCUGACGGAGGAUGACGGCACUACCCUAGGUCGAUUCUGUCCGGAGGGGGCCAUUCAAAAGAUGCAAAUCCACACCAACGUAUCGGUCACCGUGACCAGAGUGGGGGGGCAAGCACUGAGAGCUUCUGUCAAGCCUGUGUUGACUGCUAGCUUGAAAGGAGAGAUAGCGGAAAGGUACAUAUUCACAGUAUCCCCCAAAAGAGACAAGCCCCUCUUUUUGGCGACCCCCGGGUGGCCAGUGGGGAUGGAAUCGUACGCUACCGUCUCCUGGAUCGUUUCUCUCCCUUCAAAGAUGGAGGCUCACUUGAAGUUCGUCAACCUCAGCCAGCCCAAGUGCGCCAACCGCCACACCAACAUCCGGGUGCAGAGGUUCAACAGUCCAGAGGAGGACUACAGUCGCAGGGAAGACGAGGCGGCGGAUGAAAUCAGCGUCUCUGAAAACUUUUACCUUAACAUGUCCAACUGCAUGCCUGAAAGGGGAGACUUCAAGGUCAUCACGGAGAUAACAGUCCAGAAAAACCAGCUGUUGAUUAUCAUAGUGAGCGUGGUCGCUGCCCUGGUGGUCCUUUUUAUCGCCGUGCUGUUGGUGGUGUGUUUUGUAAUUAAGAAGAAGAAAAAGAAGCUUGAGCAUGAGGUGUCCGUCUACAAUCCCAAUGGCACCAGUUUCCAGCCGGGGCACAAUGUCUUCCCGAAAUCACGCGAAGACAACGAGUCCCAUGUGUACGCCUCCAUUGAGGACUCGCUUGUCUACACGCACCUGCUGAGAAAAGGGGCCGAGAUGGGCAUCUACACGGAAUCGGACACAUACCAGUCCUUUAUGGGCCACACGGACACUCAAGUGUCAAAAGAUGCCGGCGACGUUGAAACGGGAGUUUAUCAAGAGUAUCCAGUGUCAUCUCAGGCGCCCCCGCUUCCAAACAGGCCCCCGAGCCACAGCCACACACUCGUGGACAAUGUGAUCUACCAGACCCAGCCUCCCUUGGACGAGCAGUCGGCAAAGAUGGGGCCGAGGCUGGAGCCGGAGGGAGGCAACUGAUUAGCAGUGGGAUUUACACUUGACUUUGGAGAUCUUCAUUUCGGGUAGCUGUGCGACUAACAAGCUCAGCCUCAUGAGACAGUGAUUUUGCUGCACGUGGUGUUGCACCCAAUUCACAAACUAGACGUGUUCACACUUGCCUGGUUGCUGCUGCCUGCUUUGUUACAGGAGUGGCAGAGCUUCUCUUGUGAAAUCAGAACUGAAACUUACUACUUUUAAGAAAUGGAACAAGUGUUUCUAAAAAAAAAAAGGGCCAGCUUUCAUGUUAUUUAAAUGUCUUUUAGCAAUUUUUAAUAAUGGUAAUAAAGUGUGAAAAGAUGCUUCCUUUGUUGUCCAUGUGCAUUAAAACUUGGACCCAACUUUUGAAACUUCCCAUACAUACAGUAUGAGAAGAAUCAGUGAAGUAAAUAUUCCAAAAUAUAUAUUUCAUGUCACUAGAAAUAUAAAAUCUAUGUGUCAAUAUUUCUAUGCUGCCUAUCAACAUUCAGCACAGCUACUGUAGGAGCUCAACAUGCAUUGCUAUAACAAUAUAUUUUUUUUUAACUUUGUUUUUGCAUCAUUUUUGGGCUUUUGAUUUUUUUAAUGAUAGAUUUAUCUGUAUUUAAAAUGGUUUUAUCUGAUUUCUCGAAUCUGAUGAAGCUGGGGGUCAGACUGCCAAGGCCCCUGCCUUUGGCUGUCGCCGAACUCCCUAGACACUUGACCCGUUUGGCCCCUCCCACAGGUGGUGAGCCCAUUGGAAGGGGGCCCCACAUUGCCUUUUUGGGGUGUGGGCGGCCGGCCCCCAUGGAUACAGGCCCGGCCACCAUACACUUGCCUUCGAGCCCCACCUCCUGGCCUGGCUCUAGAUGGGGGCCCUGGUAACCCGCAUCCGGGCAAGGGAAAACUAAAUCCGUCUCAUCUUGGGGUCUUGUUCACGAGUUAGGGUAGGAGGGAGCUGGAGAUCAACAGACAGAUAGGUGCAGCGUCUGCAGUGAUGUGGACUCUGUGUCGGUCCAUUGUGUUGACGAGGGAGCUAAGCCGAAAGGCGAAGCUCUCGAUUUACCAGUUGAUCUACAUUCCUACCCUCACCUAUGGUCACGAGCUGUGAUCAAAAGAACAACAUCCCGGAUAAAAGCAGACGAAAUUAGUUUUCUCCACAUGGUGUUCGGGCUCUCCCUUAGAGAUAGGGUGAGAAGCUCGGUCAUCUGGGAGGGACUCCGCGUUGAGAGGAGCCAUCUGAGGUGGCUCGGGCAUCUGGUUCGGAUGCCUCCUAGACACUUCCCUGGAGAGGUAUUCCGGGCAUGUCCCACUGGCAGGAGAACCCGGGGUCGACCCAGGACACGCUGGAGAGACUGUAUCUUUAAUGAAACAAAAAAACGACUCCGCAGGGCAACAUCCAAAAAAACGUAAACAAAAGAGCAAACUGAAAGAAUACAAAAUUAUCGAGAGAAGUCAAAAAACUGUGUGGCUCUCUUGCUUCUUAGCGCACAGCUCCUUCCGUAUAUAUCAUCAAAUGUAACGGUACAAGUUUGUUUUUAUGAAAUCAAAUAAAUAACUAUGAAAAUGAAUAUUCAACUCAACCAUUAUUUAGACUCCUACAGCACUGGUCCACAAAAAAUUAUUGGAUUGAUUCAAACCCUUUUUCUUUUGUAAUUCUGGGCUGAUUAAUCCAAAUCUGCCUUUUUUUUGUGUGUGUA